AUGAGGUUCCGAAGCAUCGUCGCGAGAGCCGUGACACUAGGGCUAGUUCCGCUGGCCUUGGCCGAGAUUGUCACAUUUUCUCCCGACGGCCAAAAUGAAACGUACUUCAGUAUCACUGCGUCCUCUCCCACGGGCCCUAUUUCCUUCCAGAUACAAGCGCCCGACUCCCUUCAAUGGGUUGGCCUCGGUCAGGGCACUAGGAUGGCUGGCGCGAAUAUGUUUGUUCUCUAUUCAUCAUCGGAGAGAAAUGUCACUAUCUCGCCUCGGUCGGGAAAAGGCCAUUCAAUGCCAGAAUCCAACCCGGAGGCUCAAAUCACGCUGCUUGAAGGCACUGGGAUCGAAAACGGCACCAUGACGGCCCGCGUGCGUUGCGACAGCUGCAUGAAGUUUGAAGAUGACCUGAGCGCGAGCCGCUGGAUCUGGGCCUACAAAGCGGGAGAGCCCCUAAACUCGCCCAAUGCGUCCGAAAGAAUACGGAUCCAUGACAACUUCGGCGGAACCGAGAUUGACCUGGCUCAUGCUGUGUCCAAAUCCGACAAUCCGUUCAUGGGAUAUGAUCCGUCUAGUAACGCCAAGGGCUUGGGAGGGUCGGGUGGUGGAAGCGCCAUGGUGAUCGCCCAUGGAUUCCUCAUGGCCUUUGCCUUCGUUCUUCUCUUUCCGGCCUUCGCCAUCCUCGUCCCCCUCCCCAUCCCUAUCUCCGUUGCGAAAGUCCAUGCACCUAUCCAGGCAUUCACGCUGGCCGUGGCCAUCGCCGGUAUGGGACUUGGACUUCGUCUCUGGGUGCGCGGGGGUGUCUCUCAUGUGGACGUGCAUCAUAUUCUCGGCAUCAUCGUCAUGGCCUUUCUUGUCCUCUUUCAGCCCGCCAUGGGCUGGCUUCAGCAUAUGCACUUCCGCAAAACGGGCGGGAAAAGUAGCUUUGCGUACGCACACCGAUGGCUAGGUCGCAUAUUGAUCAUUCUAGGGAUCAUCAAUGGCGGUCUGGGCUUUCGCUUGGCCGGCAUCGGUAGCCCAAGCACUCCGCGCAGCGCCAUGAUCGCCUAUUCUGUCAUCGCAGGCGUGAUGGGAUUGGCAUACAUUUCGGCACACCUGGUGAUGGGUUUUCAAGGGAGAAGAAAGGGCCCCCCUGCGCAACAAGAGGUAAAAACUCAUGCCGGCAGCGAGAACGCGGAGAUAGAGCCAAAAGCGUGA